ACCAAAAAAAAGUAAAAUAUUUGACCUAGUUUUCCCAUAAAUAACACAAAGAAAAGAAAGAAAAAAACGCCUUUAAGCGCUCGUUUUCUUGUCGACGAGAACACAAAAAACCCUUGUUCCAAUAAAAUAAAGAAGUGACACAUCGCGUCUCUUAAAAUUAUAAUAGACGACGACGGCCCUUCUUGUCCGAAUCGUACGUCAAUUCUUCCACCAUAACAUCUAUUCCUCAGAUCACCAGCGACCGAGCGAAAGAGACGACACAUCUUCGCCGUUUUCGUUCUCAUGCAGUUUUGGGGAUAAGCACGUGUGAGCCCAACAGAUAGAGAGAAAGAUGGUGAUGAUUAAGGUGAAGAAGGAGACGAUGAGGGCAUGCUUUAGCUGCCCUCUCUGCGACAAUAUCCUCCGUGACGCCACCACUAUCUCCGAGUGCCUUCACACAUUUUGUAGGAAAUGCAUCUAUGAAAAGAUCACAGAGGAUGAGAUAGAGACUUGUCCCGUGUGCAAUAUCGACCUCGGUGGCACCCCAUUGGAGAAGCUGAGGCCUGACCACAAUUUGCAAGACUUAAGGGCCAAAAUCUUUCCUCUAAAACGAAGAAAAGUGAAAGCUCCUGGAAUUGCGUCUGUACUGGCAAAGAGGAAGGAGAGAUCUAUAUCGUCUUUGGUUGUGAGCACACCUAGGUUGUCAGCACAAGCUGGAACAACGGGAAGAAGAACUAAAGCGGCAACAAGAAAAGAGUUACGUAAUGGCUCUUUGGCUGAGAGACGUGUGAAGAAAGAAGAAUCUUCUGGGGAUGAGCUUCUAGAGGGCACAAGCUCACCCGACACUCUUAACAAAUUCACUCAGAAUAAAAGGCACUUAAAGAAGUCAUGUAAAGAGUCCUUCUCCAAUAAAGAAAACAAGGAUGGUGAUGAACCCUGGGAUUCCAAAUUGGAUUGGAAACCUUUAAAUUUUCUUGUUGAAGUGGCAAAUAGGACUAAGCCCUUGAAGUCUUCUGCUUCUCAAGGGUCAGGCUCAAAAUCUGAGCACGCGAAUGCAUCUCACAAUCAAUUUCAAGGGAGUAAAACCAAAACUAAGGAUAAAAAAAGAAAAUGUAAACGUGAGGAUGAAAAGAGUAAUGGUGAUCCUACAACAUCAGAAACUACUACUCCGAAAAGAAUGCGUACAGCUCAACGCAAAAGGUCUGCCACCACUUUAGGCGAUUCAAGAAAUUUGCCACAACCAGAUGAGUCAAGUGCAAAACAGGAGAGGAGAAAUGGUCCCGUUUGGUUCUCACUUGUGGCGUCCAGUGAUCAGGAAGGAGGAACUUCUUUACCUCAAGUUCCAGCAAAUUUUUUGAGAAUAAGGGAUGGAAAUAUUCCAGUUUCUUUCAUCCAAAAGUACCUCAUGAGGAAGCUAGAUCUCGAGAGUGAAACUGAGAUAGAGGUAAGAUGUAUGGGAGAAGCAGUGAUCCCGACUCUGACGCUUCACAAAGUAGUGGAUCUAUGGCUGCAGAAAAGUUCAAAGCACCAACGGUUUGCUGCAUCGAUAGGUUCCUCCGCAAAGGAUUUUAUGAUGGUGCUUGACUAUGCUCGGAAGCUACCAGAGAGUGCAACAAGUAAAAGGACUAUAAAGACUCUUGUUGUUGCAGAAGAAGAUUCUGUGGAGACAGGGUAAUCUAUUUUUCUCUUUAUGGAAUCUCUCAAAGCAUUACAAGAGAGGACAUUACUACAACUGCAGGAGCGGUCGAAUGAGUUGUGAAAUUAGUAGUAAUUUUUUUUAUAUAAACGAAAUAUAAACUCAUGAGAGGCUUUUCCGUUCAAGACAAUACAAAAUUUGUUUUUUUUUUUUUCUGUUCUUUCUCUUCUUCUACUAUGUGCCCUCUCUGGACUUGCAUGUAAUGUUGUUGUCACUUUCUAAUCAAGUGUUGUAGUUUUAGAUGUUUUAGAUUGAUGUCUAUGCAUUUAUUUGGGUACUA